AUGCCCACAACUUUGGAUGAAGCCAAGGACCUGUCACCCAUACGGCUUCACCACCACUAUUUUUACCUCGCCUUCUGGAUAGUGCUAGCGUCAGCCAUUACUUAUGGCAUUGGGGAUAUAGAUUUUAUUGAUGCGUUGGCGUUUGCAUCCGGAGCUGCGACUCAAAGUGGCUUGAAUCCUAUCGACCUCAACCGGCUUCAUGUGCUUCAGCAACUGGUCCUAUGGAUCGUUGCUAUGGUCACAAAUGUCAUCUUCGUCAACUCACUCCUUGUCUGCAUCCGUCUGUAUUGGUUCCGAAAGCGACUUCGGGGGGUUGUGCGUGAGGCACAAACCAUAUCCUUGGUACACAGAAGGAAAGGGCAGGAAGGACUGGAAAGCUCAGCCUCUCAUAUUUCCAUAGAAUCCAAUAAUCGCAACAACGAUUUAGCUUAUACCUCAGCGGACGACGAUGGAUCAAAACAACCUCUACUUAGAGGAUAUCAUGGCGAACUUCGACGAUUGUCUUCGACCAAUUAUGAAGUCGUGAAACAAAUAGCUGGGUUAACCGAGCUGCAUGUCACUUUUGAUGAAACAGAGCGUCAACCAAGACAUCACCGCACAUAUUCAAGUUCUGAAUCUUAUCGUUGUCCAUCGGAGGGUCGAGCCUCCUUGCAUCGAUCCAGCUAUGAUAUGGACUCCAGCCUGUCAGCAUUGCCUGCACUCAUGUGGCAAUCAUCCAUUGCGAGUUACUCCGAUUGGAACGAGAGACAGAAAGACCAGCUCGGUGGUAUUGAGUACAGGGCCCUGAAGAGACUUCUUGUCAUUUUGCUGUACUAUUUCCUAGCUUUCCACAUCGUCGGAAUUUUGCUUCUUAUCUCGUGGGCAUGGCUAAAUCCUCAAUAUGGCCAAUAUCUGUCAGAAAACGGCAUCAACAGUUCCUGGUGGGCAAUAUUCACGGCCGCUUCUGCUUUCAACGACCUAGGGUUUACAUUGACCCCAGACUCGAUGGAGUCGCUCAAUGGUGCUCCCUUUCCCUUGCUUAUAAUGUCUUUUCUCAUCGUGAUUGGAAACACGGCAUUUCCAUGCAUGCUUCGGCUGAUUAUCUGGCUGCUUUCCAAGUUCACAAGCCAUGAUACAUACCUUCGGGAGGAGCUUCAAUUUCUUCUGGAUCACCCACGGCGUUGCUUUACUCUGCUUUUUCCUAGCGCAGAAUCCUGGAGGCUGCUAGGCGUGCUCAUAAUGCUUAACGGAUUUGAUCUGAUUGUCUUUUGCACUCUUUCUAACGUAGCGUCCACUCGAACGGCGGGCUUCUCAAUCACGCCCCUCGCAGAUAUUCAUCCCGCCAUCCAGGUUUCUUUUCUUGUGAUGAUGUACAUUUCCGCCUUUCCAACAGCCAUCACCAUCCGGAAGACUAAUGUAUACUCCGAGAAAAGUCUUGGAGUGUAUGACGACGACUCUGAUUCCGAGUCAGACCAUGGACCACACACUAGAUCUGGACUAGCCGUGCAUAUCCAGCGGCAACUUGGUUUUGAUCUGUGGUAUGUCAUGCUGGGAUUCUUCCUCAUCGCCGUCGCAGAGGGACACCGUCUCCAGACCGGCGCCGGCGACUCAUCCUUCUCGCUAUUUGCGGUUUUGUUUGAGAUUGUAUCUGCGUAUGGCACAGUUGGGCUCUCCUUGGGCUAUCCAUUGACAGGGACGAGUUUCUGUGCGCAGUUCAACUGGGUCUCGAAGCUGGUGAUUGUGGCAAUGCAAGUGCGUGGGCGACAUCGGGGACUUCCCAACGCGUUGGACCACGCGAUUCUGCUUCCCUACGAGUUGCACCGGGAGGGAGAGGGGGGCUCAGGGUGGCUCGGGGGUUGGUUGAAGAAGCGGGCGUCGAAUUUAAGCACGUUACUUUCGCAGGCUCGUGGUCCCGACGAUGAUGAGGAGUCUGUCUUACACUACUAG